CUUUGUGAGUGGGAGAAGAUUUUGCUUGCACUCCAACGAAAGCGGUUUCCGAGCUCUAGAUGAGAACGCUACUAUUCCCAUUAGGGUAUUGGCGGGAAAUCCUCUGGAAAGAAAAAAUGUCAUUCAAAGCAGUUUCCUUACAUAAUAUCCCGGGUGGUACACCUUUAAAGGAUUUUGUAAAAUUCCAGAUGAAUUGUACUUUGGAUUCAGCUAAAAUUCCUCCUUCAAUGGUUCUUACUUGCCAAAAUGUUUGCUCUGGCCAAGAGACUAAAGGAAUAAAUGUUUUCCAGUCCACUUUAAUGUCUGGCAGUAUACAUCGACAAGAAUUCUUUGACCUCAGUGAAAUAAAAGCAUCUGAAGAAAUCCUGGGAAUGAUUUCAUGUCAGAAAACUAAGCCCCUGACAAGGAGUGCCGUUCAAAAACGUAAAGCUUGUGAGCCAUUAUCCCUUGAAUCUCCAGCAAAAAUCUUCUCAAGAAUGAAACAAAGAGCAUCUCUUGUCAAAGAAAAAAACAAGCCUCCAGAAGCUAAAUUGUUGGACCCAAAGUGUACUAUAGAUUAUAUUCUUACUCCUGAAAGGCAACCUGCCUUUCUACAAAGAUCAGAAAAAAUACCUAUAGUUGAAGAUAAACAAAAGACAAAGCUGGAUGAGGAUUUUCUUGAAGAAUCCAAUGUAAAAACAGUUUCAGUGACAGAUUUUACUGAGGUGAACAAAAAUAUAUGUACUACAGUAAUAAGUCCUCCAUUUCUGGAAUCUCCCAACAAAUUCUUUUCCCGUGUAAAACAGAGGUUGCAGGAAGAUUGGUUGCAGAAAGCAAAGCAACCUUUAAUCACAUCCCACCCAACAAAAAAAAUUAAUAAUUUUAAUGAAGAAUACCUAAGUACUACUGUUAGCCAGAAAGAGAAGAUUAUUGUGGAACCUGCUGAAUUGGCCAGUGAAACUUUUACAAUAAUAUCUAAUCCUGUGAUUAUGAGUGAUGGUCAUGUUAAAUCUAAAGAAUUCUUGAAGGAAAGAGCAUCUGGAAAUCUUCAAGAAAAAGCAGUGGUGACUCCAUCCAAAAAUAUAUAUGGCCAAAAAACAGGAGAAAAUUUAAGUGUUUCGCCACAAAAACCUUCCCAAUAUCUGUGUGAUACAAUUUUUGCUACUCCAAAAGCCCAUAUACCAAGGAAACGACAGCCUGUUACCAAGGUGCUGUUGGAUGAACCUGACACAGGCACAAAUGAAAAGUUCUCAAAGGAAAAAGAGAUUAUAUGUAUCAAUGAAUGGGGAAUCAGAGUGAUCAAUGAUAAUACUGCUGUGCGUCUGGAAGGAAUACGGAGAGAUAUGGGUAAUGUCUUCUGGCAUAGCAAUGUAAUUGUAGAACGUAUUGCACACAAUCAAGUCAAAACCUUGACAGGAAAUAUCUACGUGUUAGAAGGGCGUAUUGAUGAAGUUAACAUGAAGAAAGAAGGAAUACCACCUACAUUCAUAAAGAAGUUUGGGACAGGAAUCCCAAGAAAUUGGAAAAUGCUUGUUGAUGAUUUGCUUUGUUAUAUGAAAAGGAAAGAAGAGAGAGCAUUUCCUGUAAGUGGUGAUAGUGAAAAAAUAAACGAAUGCUCAGAACUGGAUCUGCCACAAAAUAUUGAGAGAAAAUAUAAAAUGAAAAACACAACUUAUGAUGUAUUACCUCUGCAAAAUGAUAAAAUACAUGGUAAGCAGAUGAAAACAACUGAUUUACAGAAUGACAGUGAGAAAAGUUUCACCCGUAGUGGGCGGUGUAUUAAGCCGCGCAUGCAGUACUGGUGUGGGGAACGGAUACGGCAAGAUCAGGCAUUUAAUAUCACUAUAAACAAAGGAGGCGCCAACUACUUAUCACCUACAAUCAGCAGCACACCCCCUGUGAGGAGGCAGACUAUCAAGUUUCCAAAGAAAAAUGGUGAGAGCCUUUUGAAAGAUCAUAAAGAAGUGCCUUUGAACCAAGCAAAAGGAAAAAUUAAUAUGAAAUCUCAGAAUAUAACCAGGAAAACUAAAUGUAAAUUGAAGCAACAGUCACAACAUCUUAUUUCAGACAUUGAAGGAAAUGACCCUGAAUUAAUCAUUAAAGAUAUUUGGAAGAAAAGAGCCGCUGUUAUGCUGACACCUCUGAAAAAGAAAAUAAUGCAAGAAAAGCAGCACUCCAACAGGAGGUCCAGAAAUGAGCAAAAUGUGACUAAGGAGUGUGGAAACAUUACUUGCUAUGAAAGAAACUUGGCUGAUGUAGAAUUAGACACUUUGAACUGCCCAUUAAAUUUGUUGAAACAACACCAACAAAUUGAGAAAGUUGUGGAAAGCAUUCCUUGCACAGAUGAAGAUGAAUCUAGUGAAGAGAUCCCAUGUAUUAAAAGGAAAACACGGCCUUCUUUCAAAAGAGAAACGUUCAACAAGGAGUGUAAUAAUACACAAGGACCAUUAUGUGAGCAAAAAAGUACAGAGAAUUGUGUAGCACCUUCUCAGAGCAGAAAGACAAACUGUUCUUACUUUGUCCAGGAGGACACGCUGGAAGAACUAAGUAACAAGAGUUCUUCUCCUGACUUGGCUAUCAGUUCUGAGUUAGAGAAAAGUAAUAGACAAAAAUCACAGAAGUGGUUCAACAGAGCCAGAAAGAAUGCUCUUGCAUCAGAGACUGAAAGUGAAAACAGCCUAGAGGAAUUUCCUGUGAAAGAAAGUAAGAUAAAAAUACCUACCAAGAGAACUAAUGGUUACAUUUCAACUAGUCCAAAAGCCUUGCCUAUGACUAGAAAGCCAUACAACCAGAGCAAGUUAAGGAAUGCUGUGGAGUCUCUUCCAGACACUAAUGAAAACUGGACUGAAGAAGAAUUGGAAAAGUUGUACAGGGCAGUGGCAUCUUUUCCCAAACACAAAAGUGGUUUCUGGAUGGAUGUGGCAAAGACUCUGAGAACACGAUCUGCUGAAGAAUGCCAACAAAAAUACAUGGCAGAGCAGGAAGGGAAGAAACGGGCCCCAAAUAAGACCGCCAAGCCUGGGAAAAAGGAAGAAAGAGAUAGGGGGACACAACAGCCAUUGGCAAAGGUGGGAACCCUGAAAAGGAAACAACAGAUGCGGAACUUCCUCGAACAGAUGCCCAAGGAUAACUACGAUGACAUCUUUGCUUCCACACCUUUCCAAAAUAGGAACACAAAAUUGCCACAGUUCUGCGUGGCCCCAGAGGAAGAUGUUUUCCAGUUGAAAGACAGACAUCCUAUUACACCUGCUUCAGCUAUUUUCCCCUGGUUGAAGACACCCCAAUGUGAUCAUAUCAGCCCUGGCAUGCUGGAAUCUCUUGAUAGGGAAAGCUGUGAAAAACAUGUCUUCCGCAUGCAAAAUAAUAUGAAAGGCAAGGGACGCACAUGGCUGAAUGUAAAGAAGAAAGCGGCUCCGACAGUGUUCACUACUCCCAUGUCUCGAAGAACAAAUGUCUUUAAUUUUGAAGAUGCAGCAACUUCUGCUGGAGUGAGGAAUCUCUUUGAAGUGGAACAAGAAAUGCAGUCUGAUGAAGAGGAUGAUAUGUAUUUUUCCACAUAGCCACCUGAUCAAGGCUCUAACUCCAUAACUAUGGAUGUUUUUAAUGAACUGCUAACAGUUGAGUUUUGAUUCCAGCCUGAUUUGAGUUGAACUAAGUGGUUCCACAGUUCUGUACUCUCAAUGUUCAGAUUAGAGAAAAAUCUACCACACACAUACUUAGCUUUCUUUUUUAGAUGUGAUGCAGAGAUUAUGUAAAGAGGUAGCUGUGGUAAUUACCUUUUUAAUGGAAGUAAAAUAAUGUUUUUAGAAGUUACUUGUACGAUAAAUGUCAAGAGUAUUGUUCGUAAUAACAAAGAAUCUCUAUUUUCUGUUCCAACAGCAGUGCUUAUGUAUUUUUGUAUUAAACUUACUUGCUUAGUAUCUUUUAAAUGUUUUUGAUACCUUUUUAAUUUGGCAAUUACAGUGUAACUGGAUACAUAAUAUAUAACUGAAACAUGUAUUAGCCCACUCUAUGGUUAGUUUAUGUCUGGUAUGUUGUGUGAACCAAGACCAAUGAGUUCAAUAAAUCUGGAGUAAUA